UUCGGCAGAGAUAACAGUUAGAUCAGUUAGUUCACAAUGUGUCGGACUGUGUUGUUUUUCGUAAUUUUGAUCUGUUUUGCAUUGGAAACUGCUCGGAGUCUAUCACAGGAUGAAACUAUAAAACUUCUUUUAAACGAAAUGGCAUAUCUAAAACGACAAGUGAAACGUAACGAAGAGUUGUCUGAGUCACAAUAUGCAGAACUGAAAGUGCUAAAGAACGAAGUGCAGAGAUUAAGCUUGGGGCAGACCAAAUUAACGGCGGAAAAUAAACAAUUACGUUCCCAAAAAUGUGAUAUUCCGAACGAAAAGUUCAAGCGGAUUUUGAUGUCAGAACCACAGAGCGAAACAAACGUUGCAUUCUCUACAAGCCUUACCAAUCAUAUGACCAAUCUCGGCAAUCAACAAACUAUCGUGUUUGACCAUGUUUUCACCAAUGUCGCCAACGCCUACUCCCCAGUCACUGGCGUCUUUACUGCACCACAAAACGGCACGUAUUUCUUUACGGCAACUAUUAUGUGUCAUUACGGACAAUACCUAGAAACCCAGUUUGCACUCAACGGACAGGGUCUUGUGCAUAUGUAUUGCAACGAUAGUGCGUUUGAGCAAGGGACUAAUUCUAUUGUACUGUCAUUAAAACCAGGGGACAAGGUGUGGGUUCGACAUAUGGGUAACGAAGGAAGUAAUGUGUACGGAUAUAACUGGAGUACUUUCUCUGGUUUUCAAAUUUUUAUAUCAAUUGUAAUGUAAGACAUUGAAUAAAUAUUUGAUGAAAAUA